AUGGCGUCCACUCUAGCUCCCGUGAGGGCAGAAAGCAGGCCAGCGUUCUCCAUUGAGCGGAUUCUUGGUUUGGAGCUGGGCAGACCUGGAAACUGCCUGAAACUCCACCGACCAUGGGCAGAGAUCGGAGCGCAGAAGGAGAACAGAGGAAACAGUGUGUGCUUUAAACAACAACAUUGUUAUCAGCAACAGCAGCAACAGCAACAGCAACAGCAACAGCAACAGCAACAGCAACAGCAACAGCAACAGCAACGUCAUCGUCACCCUCAGCAGCCAAACUCUCCCAGGCCGACGUCAAACUGGUAUAUCGGACGCAGACCACGCACUGCCUUCACCAACAGCCAGGUGAACGUGCUGGAGACAGUGUUUCAGGUGAACCCUUAUCCAGGGAUCCAGUUGAGGGAGCAGCUGGCAGGGAGGCUGGACCUGGACGAGGACAGAAUACAGAUCUGGUUUCAGAAUCGGCGGGCCAAGCUAAGGCGUUCCCUCAGAGAAACCCGUCUGCAGCUGGUUCAGACAGCCGUGGCUGACCUCGGGGUCAUAGGUCAACUGAAGGCAGAGGGGGGUGUGCGAGGCGACCUGGAGCUCGCCCAGCGGCUCGCCUCUCGUCUGCAGCUUGAGGUGGAGGAAGAGGAGGAGUGA